AUUGCCGCCAAGCACACGUGUGGUUUCUCAGCUCGGCUCAUCGGCUCAGCUCCAGCUCAGCUCAUCAGCAUGAACAAUGCAACACACCACCUAACUACAGUACAGGGGCCUCUUUGAGCUAAGGUUAAAACGUGGGGUUACGCAGCUAGAACUUAAGUGGAAAGGAAAGCUUGACCACACCUCCGGGCAAACCCCCCCCACCAUCGACAACUCGGAAUCUGGAAGCUCUCCAACAAGCCAUGCCACCAAAAGGCAAAGCAGCCCCAAAGGCGAAGAUUGUUGAUGCGAAGCCCGGCCCGAAGACGGUCAUUGAGCGCGCUCAGCACAUCUACGAAGCCACCAACCCACACGAAGCCGUUCGCCAGCAGGUGGGACUCCGUGGGCUUUCGACCGUCGAGAAGACAGCAUAUCUCAACGCGGACUUCCUAAGCAGCGGCAGCGUCGACCGGCUCGGAAAGAAGGCACAGAAGGAGCUCUGGAAGCAAGUCAACGAGGCCAAUACCCCGUCGCGGAAACUCUCCAAGCCGUCGCUCGAGGUUUGGGGCAAGGACAAGUACGCCCGCAACAUCGGCGAGUACGCUAUCCAGCAGUACGAGGACAGAGGCGCCAAAGUCUUCCGGCUCACCGUCUUGUUGAGCGAGAGUCGACAGUUCAGGCUCAAGAGGAACAAGUUUGUCCACGAGAACGGCAAGGCCCGCUCUCUGCCAGGCAAAGAAAUCGAGGCAGAGUCUACGAGAAGGAAGGAGAUGGCGGCUCUCAAGGAUGAGCUCUACGGGGAGAAGUUGGGCUCCUAUUCUACAGACCCGGAUUGGGAUGACGUGAUACCCAUACCUCAGACAGAGCCAGAGGGCGCUUUGGCUUCCAUCGCAUAUCCAGAGGACUAUGCUGAGUCAACGUCCUACCUCCGCGCCGUCAUGGCCGCCGAGGAAUACUCACCGCGCUGUCUCAAGCUCACCGAGAACAUCAUCUACAUGAACCCAGCUCACUACACCGUCUGGUUAUACCGAUUCUCCGUCAUUCAACAUCUCAACAUUCCUCUCCUCGACGAGCUAGAUUGGCUCAACGAAGUAGCUAUGGAGCAUCAGAAGAACUACCAGAUCUGGCACCAUCGCCAGCUCCUGCUGGACCACUACUACCCUUCCAUCAAGGACACCCCGGACCAGGUCAAGCGUUUUGCCAAGAAUGAGCGCGAUUUCAUGAUGGACAUGUUCUCCGAGGAUGCCAAGAACUACCACGUCUGGACUUACCGACAAUAUGCCGUCCGGAGAUUGGGUAUGUGGGAUGUCGAUGAGCUGCAGAGCAUCGCCGGCAUGAUCGACCAGGACGUGCGCAACAACUCGGCUUGGUCCCACCGCUUCUUCCUUGUCUUCUCCGACCCGAACAACACGACCAAAGACUCGCAUGCUACCGAGCACGAUCCAGCUGUGCCGGCGGAUAUCGUGGGUCGCGAGAUUGACUAUGCACAGCAGAAGAUAAAGCUGGCACCUCAGAACCAGAGCACCUGGAAUUACCUGAAGGGUGUUCUAAUCAAGGGCGGACGGAAGCUGGGCAGUGUCGGGGAGUAUGUCGAGCUGUACGUGAACAACCUCGGCGAGGAAGGAGAACAGGUUCGUAGCUCGCAUGCUCUCGAGCUGUUGGCGGAUAUCUAUGCCGAGGCUGGCGAGAAGGAGAAGGCGGAUUUGUGUCUCAGGAGACUGGGCGAUAAGUGGGACCCCAUACGUCUCGGGUAUUGGGAGUGGAAGAGAACGCAAAUCGCUGAAUCGUGAUAGGGAAAGGGCGAAUAGCUAAACGAAGAUCUACUCCACUGUUCAAGCUGGUGGUCAUACUUAUCUGCUUGUUCUUGUACUACGUACCGUAAAAACAGGUUCUGUGUCCGCUAUAAAGGCAUAUUAACGCAGGCAUUAUUAUCAACACUUCCUAUCUUGCAACAAAGAGACUUGAUAUCACUAGCUUCAGGGAUUGAACAUGUUCAGUCAGGCUGCAAGGACGAUCAAUAGUCCUUGCUGAUCUCAUAACUCGUCGAGACGUUUCUCAUUGCUCCUGGUACUGUAAUUCUUUUCUGGGAAGAAAGUCUGUGUUCCUCGAGCAUGCCAUCUGGCUUGAUAGAACCGCACCAGGACUGAGUUCCUGAAUACUUGACCCAUUCAGGUCGGAAUCUGUGCGAACCGGAUCAGCCAUCAUGCAAAG